CGCAGAUCCUAGAAUCCCACCGAACCCCCGCGAUUACAGGGGACAAGUUGCGCUGUCAGAUUGGUUGUCGUGCUUGGCGGUUGCAGCGGUUUGCAGGUGGAGCUCACUUUGCGUCUGGAUCAUCCUGCGAGCGAACAUGUCUAAUCCGAACGACUACACCGUUGGCUGGAUCUGCGCCAUAACUACGGAGUAUGUUGCCGCCCAGGAAUUUCUCGACGAAGAACACGAAGGACCGGAAUAUGUGUCGCCUAAUGACACCAACCAUUACACACUAGGCAAAGUUGGGAAGCACAAUGUCGUCAUCGCCGUCUUGCCCGACAACGAGUACGGAAAAUCCUCUGCCGCAAGCGUUGCAAGAGAUAUGCUGCACAGCUUUCCUAAUGUCAGAAUCGGUUUGAUGGUCGGCAUCGCCGGAGGUGCGCCUGGAAAGCAUGAUAUCCGUCUUGGGGAUAUUGUGGUCAGCUCUGCUAGCAAUGGAAAGGGUGGGGUGUUCGGGUACGACUUUGGUAAAGCCAUACAAGGACGGGACUUCCAGGAGACAGGGCUCUUAAACCAGCCACCAACCCUCCUUCGAACGACAGUGAGUGGACUCAAGGCCCGCUACGAGAGGAAAGGGCAUCAACUCGCAGAGAAGACCAACAUGAUUCUCGAGAAGAACCCAAGGCUCUGGGGGAAGUACAAACGGCCAGAAACAGGCGCCGACAGACUAUUUAAAUCCGAAGUUACUCACGACGUAAGCUGUGCGGCGAUUUGUAGUAAUGAUGUAUCAAAUUUGGUAUUGCGACCGGAAAGGACCGAGGACAAAGACAAUCCAGCUAUUCAUUACGGCCUCAUUGCUUCAGCAGACAGGCUGAUGAAGGACGCUUCGGCUCGAGAUAGGCUUUCAGAAGAAAAGGAGGUUCUGUGUUUCGAAAUGGAAGCGGCUGGGCUGAUGAACCAUUUUCCCUGUCUGGUCAUCCGUGGUAUAUGCGACUACUCGGACUCCCACAAGAACAAGGAGUGGCAGGGCUAUGCAGCAAUGGUGGCUGCUGCAUAUGCAAAGGAUCUUCUCUAUCAAAUAGCUCUAAACAGAGUUGAAGCUGAAAAGAAGAUCGGCGACGUUCUGUCCGGCCUCCAAGGAGUUGCAGAAGAGCACCGUGAUAUUGCUAAGGAGCAGCUCAAAGCCCAGAAAGAUAUAGCCAAGGAAAGGCUGUCCGAAGAAAAACAAAAGUGUCACCAGCUGUUCCGCCUCACAACCGGCAGCAGGGACGUCACAUACGAGUGGUAUAAAGACCGAGUGGAAGAAAGGGUCGAAGAUACGUGCAUGUGGUUCUUCAAGCACGAGCACUUCCAGACGUGGUUGAGCCAAGAGUCUGGCCCCCUGCUAGUCACGGCGGAUCCUGGCUGUGGAAAGUCGGUGUUGGCAAAGUACCUAAUCGACCAUGGCCUGCCACGAUCGACAACCAUCUGCUACUUCUUCUUCAAAGACCAAGACCAGAACACAGUCCGGCAAGCACUCUGCGCCCUGCUUCACCAGCUCUUCUCUCUGAAGCCGCCCUUGAUCGUACAUGCUAUGCCACAAUUCCGUAUGGAUGGGGAAGGUUUGACUAAAUCUACAGAAUCGCUCUGGAAUGUUCUACGAAACGCUAUAAAAGAUCCCCAGACAGGACCUGUAAUCAUGGUCCUUGAUGCCCUGGAUGAAUGUGCUGAAUCGGAGUUUACGGACCUGAUGCGGAAUAUUGAGAGCCAAUUCCGCAGCGACCAGUUGGGCUACGGCAAGUUGAAGUAUCUUCUAACAUGCCGCCCGUAUGACCAAAUUGUGUCCAAAUUCCGCUUCCUAUUGGACGCUUUUCCAAAUAUCCAUAUACCAGGAGAGGAAGAGUCAGGAACCAUAAGUAAGGAGGUGAAUCGCGUUAUUACGCACCGGAUCAAUCAGCUGUCGAUGAAGAAGCGCCUCUUACCCCAAAUCAAGAGCUACCUAGAGAAAAGACUACAGGAGACUACCCACCGCACUUAUCUCUGGGUAUACCUUGUGUUUGACUACUUGGAGAAAGCCGACUUUAAAAAGACAUCAAAGGGGAUUGACUCUAUUAUUGCAACACUUCCGAGGAGUAUUAAUGAGGCAUAUGAGCAAAUUCUUAAUAAGACUAAAGAAGAUCCGACAGUUCGGAUGAUAGUUCGAAAAGCCUUGAGUAUUAUUUUGGCAACGAGCCGGCCGCUAACCCUCUCGGAAAUGAACGUUGCCGUGAACAUAGACUACACAUCACAGUCUAUUCACGACCUCGACUUGGAGGAUGACGAGCACUUCAAGAUACGUCUCAGAUCUUGGUGUGGAUUGUUCGUCUCUAUCCAUCAUGGCAAGAUUUAUUUCCUUCACCAAACAGCUCGCGAGUUUCUCCUCACAGAUUUGGCAUUGCCUAUAACUGCUUCAUCAAUGCUUCGCUGGCAUCGCUCCAUCACUACUCAAGACGCACACGCCGUUCUUGCGGAGCUCUGCGUACUCUAUCUAAACUUCUUUAACUCCAACGUUAGUCUUCUGAUAGAUGCGGAUUUGGGAUCCGGCUACUCUUUCGAUAGAUACGCCUUCUUAGAUUACUCGGCCCAAAAUUGGGGCGCUCAUUUCCGAGAGGCUAGUAUCAUGGAUGAUGAUACCAUUGUACCUUUGGCUCUGAGAAUUUGUGAUCCGGGUUCCAAGAGCUACUCGGUAUGGUUUAUAAUGUAUUGGAAAACUACGAGUAUGACGACUACUAAGUAUUUUACGAAUCUUAUGGUAGCGUCGUACUAUGGUCAUCGUGCCGUUAUCAAACUGCUGCUUAAGCAGGGCGCCGACAUCGAGGCGAAAGAUACCGGCCAUGGUCGGACGCCGCUUUUGUGGGCCGCUGCGAACGGGCAUGAGGCCGUUAUCAGGCUGCUGCUUGAGCAGGGCGCCGACGUCGAGGCGAAUGAUAAAUAUGGUAAGACGCCGUUUUCACGGGCCGCCGCAAACGGUCAUAAGGCCGUCGUCAAGCUGCUGUUCGAGCAGGUCGCCGACGUCGAGGCAAAGGAUAAUUAUAAUCAGACAUCGCUUUCGUUGGCCGCCGCGAACGGGCAUGAUGCCGUUGAUACCGGCUAUGGUCGGACGCCGCUUUUGUGGGCCGCCGCAAACGGCCAUGAGGCCGUUGUCGGGCUGCUGCUCAAGCAGGGCGCCGACGUCGAGGCGAAGGAUAAAUAUGGUUAG